AUGUCAAGGCAAGAUCCACCCAUGCAGUCCGUAUGGCAAGAGCUAUGGCGGGGAAAUCUCCCUCUCUACCUAGCCAUGAAUCUCUCGACGACAGCCAACAUCGCACUCGUUACUCUGCUCCUCGUCGCCAUCUUCUCCAUCACCUUUGAGAUCGCCCGCAUCUGGCUAUCCCGUCGCACCCGUCAGACGCAUAGCUACGUUCUCGUCGACGACACCGUCGGGAUCUCACCGCCGAAUUCAGGACCAGUAUCCUUGUUGGCACGCACCAACCGUGGUCCCCGCUCGAUUGUGUAUGCCAAGGCAGUCCUGCAUGCUAUCCUCUUUCUCGGCGUACAGGCAGUUCUCACUCUCCUCGUUGUCCAGAUUGCGCGCCUCAUAGCAUCUACUUUCGCCACCGACCGCCGUCUUCGCAAGCAAUGCGACCGUUUGGCGCAGAGGGGGCUCGAGUGCCCGGCUGCAACACGCUAUCACAAUGUCCUGAACGUUACGGUUGCCCUUGGUCUGUUUUGCUUGAUCCGAGGUCUUCAAUUGCACGCAGAACUGCCGACCCGCCCAUCUCAGAACAGCAACCACAGCAACGGCUUCCUGACCCUCCAAGACACUUGCCGACGGACGAUGCAGAAGGUGCUUGCAGCGCCCAUUGCCGUGAUCGUCCUACACUCCCGUGUGCCGGCGGAUGAGCUGUGGAAGCACGCCAGACUGAUUCUUGUUCAGAUUGCUGUGUCUGUCUGCAUCUUUCUUUGUGGCAACAUUCUCUGUCUACUUGCCGCGUUCCCAGAUAUACAUGGUACUAUACUCGCAUUGGAGAAGUCAGGGCUCACUGGAAAGACGGAGGUGUAA